UCUGAUGAAGAGUUGAAAGAUCUCACACUUAUAGACAUCGAAAACAAGCUAAAGAGCUACAACAAGAGCCUUAGAGAUUUUCCCUCUAUGCCAUUUUCCGACAUGGAGACAUGCUCGGCUUAGUUCUUCCCCAAUGGUGUAAACCGGUUAAUUUGCGAUGAGCUACGCUAUGAUAGGCGUAGUUUACGUGAUGAACACAACAAUUAUUUACAAAUGAUGACAGAUGAACAGAAAGAGGUAUACAAACAGAUAAUAAGUGCUGUGGAUGGUGCACAUGGUGGAGUUUUCUUUUUAUAUGGAUAUGGUGGAACAGGAAAGACUUUUGUUUGGAAGACAUUAGCUUCUGGGUUAAGGUCAGAUGGCAAGAUUAUGUUGACCGUUGCAUCAAGUGGCAUAGCUUUUUUACUACUACCUGGCGGUAGGACCGCUCACUCCCGAUUUACAAUGCCUCUCAACCUUGAUGAAUUCUCUACUUGCAACAUAAAGCAGGGAAGUGCUUUGGUUGAUUUAUUGAUAAAAGCUAAGCUUAUAAUUUGGAAUGAAGCUCCCAUGGUCAAUAAACAUUACAUCGAGAUGCUUGACAGAACAAUGAGAGACAUUCUUAGAUUUAAGGACACCAAAAGUGAAGAAAAACCGUUUGGAGGGAAGACUAUUGUAUUUGGUGGUGACUUUAGACAAAUAUUACCCGUUAUACCCAAAGGUAGUAGACUAGAAAUUGUUAGUGCAACUAUCAAUUCCUCAUAUAUUUGGAAUACAUGCCCAACUGAGCAGAGCAAUGACAUAUUAGCAAGCAUUCACACUCCUGAGUUCUUAAAUACAAUUAGAUGUUCAGGAGUGCCAAAUCAUGAACUUACUCUUAAAGUCAGAACACCAAUCAUGCUUCUAAGGAACAUUGAUCACUCGAUGGGGUUAUGCAAUGGUACAGGUUUGGUAAUAACAAACUUUGGCAAACACAUAAUAGAAGCAAAAAGUAUCACAUGCAAAAGUUGCGGUCAGAAAAUUUUUAUUCCAAGGAUGACACUAAGCCCAUUUGACCACAGGAUUCCAUUCAAGUUCCAACGAAGGCAAUUCCGUAUAACAGUGUCCUAUGCAAUGACAAUUAACAAAAGCCAAGGCCAAUCUCUGUCAAAAGUUGGAUUGAUAUUGAAAAAGCCUGUUUCCACACAUGGACAGUUGUAUGUUGCCGUUUCUAGAGUUACUAAUAGAAAAGGUCUCAAGAUUUAG